GAAAGACGCACGAUCGACUUAUUUUCAAUAUAUAUAUAUGUAUAUAAUUUAAAAAAAUAUUAAAAAUUAGAAUAAAGUUUCAAAUGUGAUAAAAUACUUUAAAAAGAAAUCUAAUUAAUCGAGCAGAGUUAAAAAUGGAAAGAAUAUACAUGCAAAAUAUAUAAUACAAAUAAAAUUUUCAAGCCGCGUUAAACGCUCUGCAAAUUAUUCACGACAAAUAGACUACAACAUUGUAUAUUAUCUCAAUACUCAUAGCACUACCGUAUUAAUCACAAAUCACCAUAACAAUUUCGAAACAGAAAGUAAUGCAGCAGUAAUUUACAAAAAAUGCCACGAAAACUCUUGAAAUUUCUCAUAAUCUUCGAUAAUACAUCGCUGCUGUAUUUCCCUGGGCAAUUUCUAUCCGGUCGCGUACUUAUCGAACUACAAGAUGACACACCCGCGUUGGGUCUGCACUUUCACGUUGUCGGCGAAGGUGUAGUACGUGCAGGUACCGCACGGCAAGAGCGUACUUAUGACAAAGAGAAUUAUAUUGAUUUCCGUAUGCGCCUAUUGGGCGAUGUGGAUCAAGGACCCUCAGUGCUCUCGCCUGGCAUACACAGUUUUCCAUUUAAAUUGGGUCUGCCCGUGGGUUUGCCGUCCACGUUUUUAGGACGUUAUGGUUGGAUACAGUACUACUGCAAGGCGGCCUUGCGUGAACCAAACGGACUGAUACACAAAAAUCAUCAAGUAUUCAUAGUGAUGAAUCCGAUCGAUCUAAAUUUGGAGCGUCCGAUUCUGUCGCAACCAUUUACUUGUGAGAUCGAGCACAAACUUGGCGUGGCCUGUGUGGGCGGCGGCAAAGUUGUUGCGCGAGUGGCACUCGAUCGUGGCGGCUAUGUGCCGGGGGAGAGCAUAUUGAUUACCGCAUACAUUUCGAAUCACAGUAAUGUGACGAUUAAGCGAACCAAGGCCUCACUCACCGAGACCAUUGAAUACUUGGCGCGCGGGAAAGUAGUGCAAACGGAGAAACGCGCAUUGGCCACAUUGGCGCGUGGCAAAAUUCGUCCGGGCGGUAAGGAUGAAUGGCAAAACGAUAGUUUGUAUGUACCACCGUUGCCGCCGACAAAUCUGCAUGGCUGUCAUUUGAUAAAAAUCUCCUAUGAUGUGUUUUUCGUAAUCGAGCCGAAAUCUUUAGAGAAAGAAAUUAAAUUGCAACUGCCCAUAGUGUUAGCUACAUAUCCAUUUCGCAAUAACGGCAAUGAUGUCUCAAACACCUGGCCAGAUUCUGUGCUAAAACCGGAUACACAUUACCCGUCAACGUUGCCUAUCUUUCGUCCGUGGUUGCAUGAGAAACCCGAACCCAAUUGAGCAUAAGGAGAUGGAUUUACACUACGUAUGUACAUAUGUGAGAGGGACAUACAUACAUACGGACAUAUAUUCUUAAGAAACAAGCGAGCAGUGAUUACAUUAAAAGAAAAUCAUUUAAAUAAUUAGCGAAAUAAAAUUCGUUUAUUUUCUGUAUAUUUUAGGGUUAUCUGUUAUUUCUAAAGAAGUCUUUUCUUGUCCACGCCCCCUAAAGUUUCAGUUUUCGUUUCUAAAAAACCUUAUUUAACGUAAACCAGCUCUUUAUUUUCAAUUUAAACCUCUGUAUUAACUAUUUUUCCCAUACAAUGUUUUUUUUUGAUAUUUGGUAUUAAGAAAUUAAAUUUACGAAUUUGAAAUUCUACUAUAAAAUUUUCUGAUCUACAAAAAAGCUCUGAAUAAAUAUUUUAUAAAACCACCCUUUAAAAGUUAUAAGGAGUUAUACAUCAAGUACAUUGAAGCUCAGUAAUUCGGUAAAUGAGCAUUCAUACAAGUAUACCAUAGUGCACCAUGUCGUAUGAGCAACACAGAAUUCAUAAGAAUGACAUAUGAUUUGAUGCAUAACUUUAACUUCGUGUAAAUAACUCUUUAUGAAUGUUUUUUAAUAAAAUGGAAAAGUGUGUUAAUGCUAUAUAUAUUUAUAUAAUAUUAUUUAAUAUUUUUUCAAUGUUUAUACAUAUUUUUUUAGAGAAAAAAGAUUAAUUGCAAACGUUCAAAAAUCACACAUAAAAUAUAUAGGAAAUAUAAAAUGCUUUAGGCACGGUUUAAAUCGAAAAUAAAGAGCCUGUUUAUGUUGGAGCCUUUUUUAAGAACUAAAAACUGAAACUUGAGGCGGCAUUUGCAAAAAAAAAAAACAAUUAACUUAGGAAAUAA